AUGUCGUCGACACUCCCACAAGAUAUGAUUAUUGAUAUCCUUACGAGGUUACCCGUGACAUCCAUCUCAGGAUUUAAGUGUGUAUGCAAAUCAUGGCAUGACCUAUUUAAUGACAUACAAUUUCGCAAGUUGCAUUAUGAUCGUAUCAAUAUCCAGAAGAAAAGCAAUCUGAUUAAGAUUAUUGCUGGUAAGGGAAAUGACCUCUAUUCUAUAGAUGUUUAUGAUUCAGGAAAAGUAUCUGAGGUUGUUAAGAUAGUCGAUUACCCGUUCUACAAUGAAAAGUAUCGAGAAUUUGAUGAUAAUCUUGGUAUUUUAGGUUCUUGUAAUGGCUUAGUUUGCAUACGUCCUAGGUUCGAUCUUAUUUGCUUUUGGAAUCCAUCUACUAAAGACCACAGGAUUGUAUCGAAGGUGCAACAAACCGAAACGCCAUCUUCAUGGUGUAGGUUUGGAUUCGGUUAUGAUCUCAAUACUCAGGAUUACAGGUUGGUGAGUUUUGAAAGAUUUAUGGAUGAACGUCGUGGCUCUCAAAUCAUGGUCUAUUCAUUAGCAUCAAACUCGUGGAGUACUACUCCUUAUAACAUGCCGUAUACACUUGCCUGUCGAGCACGGCCAACAUCGUUAUACUUUAACGAAGCUCUUCAUUGGUUAACAGAUGACUCAAAGGUUCUCGUGGGUAUCCUUCCAGGGGAUCGUGGCAAUGUGUGGGUUAUGGAGGAGUAUGGAGUGAGAGAAUCUUGGACUAAACGAUUCACCGUUACUUAA